AUGAUUGCAGCGGUCAGACUUACCUCCAAAAGGAGCGUAUAUCACCGCUAUACGCUUAAGGAGGAUCGCGAACACCGCGUCGUCAACCCCGGUAUCCACAAAAAGUUUUACGUGGAACUCAUUAAGACCGACAUAAAGGAACAAUCGAUCCCGAAAUCAAUUUCAGAUGAGCAGCUGCUGCUGGUUGUCCUGUGCUGUGUGGGGCUGUCUGCGCAAGUACAAUUGCCAGGGUGUCCCCCGCCACCGGCUCAAUGCUCUUACUCGGAAGUCGUGGGGAAUAUGACACACGCGUAUACAGUUAGAGGAAUCAGGCUUGUCGUCUUCGUGCGUCCGGGUACAGAUUUGAGAUAUUAUUGUUUUAACUCGAACUUGACUAUAGACGACCCGUCGCUACCCAAGUUCCGAGAGUUAUCAGUUUACGACAAGGUAAUGGUGAACGACUGCGGUGUUCCGCGAGGGACUUACACCGACGCCGUAAGGAAAUUAAGCAUUACGAGCUUCCAUCAUCUCACACUGUUCUUCGUGACCUGCAGCAACGAUACGGGGCUCUCUGCUCAGCAUUUCGAUGGAAACGAUACAUUUCAUACAUUGCAAAUAGACUGCGAGACGUCCUACACCUCUCUGGAUCUUCGAUUCCUUGACUCACUGCCGGACUUGAAGAAUUUAACUGUUGAGAACGUUAUCAUGCCUCCACUGCCCGCACACAAUAAACUCACAUUCGUUACUAUAAGCACUGGAUCUCCGAGGAGCGUCGGUCAGCCCUGGGGAGGUUGUUCCGAGUUAGAAGAUUUGAUAAUAAUGGACUGGAAAAUUAAUUUUCUUCCCGAUCGAUGGUUAGCAAAUUGCCAAAAACUGAUAACGAUUCAGAUGCUUCGACUGACGGAGUUGUACCGGCUUCCCGCCCAAAUGUUUUCAAGUCCCAGUUUGAGCGCUAUCGUCAUCAGCGAGUGCCACGUGAACUCGUUGCCCGCCGACCUGGCAGCCGGCGCAGUGAAUUUGACAGUUCUAGACGUUUCGAACAACUAUAUCGAGAAAUUAAACCAUUUGUUCGAAGCCGAGCAGAUGUUGCAUCUUCAGUAUCUGGACGUGUCAGUGAACUUGGUGUCGGCGAUGUCGUUGGGCCUGCUGUCUCGGCUGCAGUCCCUGCUCGCGCUGAGGGUGGACGGCGCUGACCAGGCUCACCGGUGCCGAGUAAACUGGUCGCACUAUGGAGAGAUAUUUCCGUGGCCGGUGUUGUCGUCCCUGACCGAGCUCUCACUGCGAUACAGCGACGCCCGCGCGAUCUGUCCGGAGUGGGGGGAGGCCAUGCCCUCGCUACAGCUACUCAACCUCACUCACACACCCAUAACUGCUCUUCAGUACAGCGACAUUGAACUGUUGAGAUACAAAAAUUGGGAAGUAGAUUUGCGCAGGAACACAGACUUAGCCAUUAUGUACAGCAGAGAUGACUUUGAGAAAGUUAUGUUGGACCAGAAUACUACAUCAGCCAAACUUUGGUUAGACACACCAUACUCGUGCAAUUGCAGUUGGUACUGGUUUGCAAGGAUCCUCCAGGAAAAACCACAGUACAUCAAGUUGCCAGAGUUCGAAUGUUUUGUACCCGAAUCGACAGCAACGGUGCCUCUCCAUUACAUGACCUACGAUACCCUCGUAUGCGAGAUUGACUGCUACCUGGGCUGCAGAUGUUAUGAAUACUACGACGGCUUCACAAAACUGACCUGCGAGGGAGCUGGCCUCGCUGUGAUGCCAAGACUUCNUGCCAGAGUUCGAAUGUUUUGUACCCGAAUCGACAGCAACGGUGCCUCUCCAUUACAUGACCUACGAUACCCUCGUAUGCGAGAUUGA